AUGUCCCCACUCAAGCUUUGCUUUUUCUUCUGCUGUCGGAUCUUUCGGAAUGUUCCCCUCCAACAAUCAACAUCAAACACCCUCGAAGAAUCUGACAUGUCCGUCCCAUCCACAUUCAAAGCCGCUAUCCUCAAAGAGGGAGGCGCCAGACACACCAUCGCCGAACGCUCCCUCGGCCCCCUCGGCAACGAUGAAGUAAUCAUCAGAAUCACCGCGACAGCCAUCAACCCCGUCGACUGGAAGAUCCGAGACUGCGGCUACUUCCUGCAGACAUUCCCGGCCGUCCUGGGCUCCGAUGCCGCCGGCAAGAUUGUCUCUGUCGGUAAAAGUGUCUCAGACUUUGCAGUCAGCGACCGCGUCUUCUUCCAGGGGAUCAUCGGCAACUACGACGCCGCCACAUUCCAGCAGUACUGCAGAAUGCCUGCUGCGCUUCUUGGCAAGACUCCUGCUUCGAUUACCGACGACCAGGCCGCGGGAAUCUGUCUCGCGACUAUUGCCGGUGUCACCGGUCUCUAUGACAAGACCGGUCGUGGCCUUGCCCCGCCCCCCUGGGUUGAGGGUGGCGAGCGCGCAGGAAAUGGCAAGGCCAUUGUCGUCCUAGGUGGAAGUUCCUCUGUGGGCCAAUAUGUGAUCCAGCUGGCCCGAUUGUCUGGUUACGAGCGCAUCAUCACAAAUGCCAGCCUCAGACACGAAGAGCGCCUCAAGAGUCACGGCGCGCACGUCGUGCUCGACCGGAAGAAGGCGGGCGCUCAAGACUUUGUUUCUGCACUUAACGGUCUACCCUUGGAUUUCGUCUUCGACGGCAUCUCCCUCGGCGAGACGCAGAAGCUGGGUGUUGAGAUCCUUCAGACUGCCGGAUCCAAAAGCUGUGUAGUCACUGUACUCGCGGCUGACGCAGAGGCCCAGUCGCUUGGAUCAUCCAAGGAGCCCAAGGUCGAAAUUCGCCAGAUUCUGGGUCUCGGCAGCAAGCCGGAGCUGCGGUACCUGAGUGAGCCGCUCAUGAAGCGUCUUGGAGGCGAGAAUGGGUGGUUGGCAACUGGGCAGUUUGUUCCUAACCGCACGGUCGUGGUCGAUGGGGGCUUGGAGAAGAUUGACGAGGCGCUGGAUAAGAAUAAGGCUGGCGUGUCUGGGGAAAAGGUCAUCAUCCGGCCAUAA